CUAAUUUGACAUUUGCAAAAGUCCGAGCUCCCAAAAUAAAAUUACAGAUGACCAGUGCAAACAGCAGGUGAACUGAAAUAUUUUAUAGUGAAAUGAUACGCUCAAUACGAAUAAGUUAAUGACUUAAUUACAACAGAAGCUUAAAUUUAGCGGCGAAAGUGAAUCUUCUUUACAUGUGAAAAUAUUGUGAACUUUGACACAUUGCUUCACUUUCACUAUAAGUGAGAAAUAUAUAUUAUAGGUAUAUAUUACAAAGAAUGGCUACAAAACGACGACCUUUGCGUACGAGCACUGCCGGUCCGAGUUCCUCCAACAUGAAUUUUAGACCGGGUGGUCCAGAUGUGAAAAGAGCGGAGGCUAAAGGUACACGACCUACUGCGGCCCCAACCAGCGUUAGGGAGAUACUUGUUAUGAUGGUUAUGCAUGCAUGUAAAAAGACAAUUUUCUUUGAUACCAAUCUAAAAGUAGCUCUAUACUUGGGUAGUUUGUUCUUGGUGUCGUUGAUCGGCGAUUUUAUACCAUUUCCAAAAACAUACUUUGCCCGUUCAGAUAAUUUAUUUAAUGUAUACUUUGUAAAAGUUGGUUGGGGUUGGACAUUAAUGCUAACAGUGCCGUUUCUUGCAAUGACAUCGUAUACUCUAUGUUGUGGUGACAUGAAAAAAAUGCUUCGACAUCAUAUCCCUCGAAUUGUCAUUGCUACCUUCUUUUGGCUUUUCUGGACUAAAAUGUUUAACAUAAUCGAAACAUCUUAUGGACGUUGUACCGUGAAAGGUUUCGGAACAAAAUCUGCCUGUCUGAAGGCAGGUCAUUUAUGGAAUUGUUUCGAUAUAUCAGGACACGCAUUUAUUUUAAUACAUUCGAGCUUAGUUUUAAUUGAAGAAGCUCGUCCAAUCAUUAAGUGGGAGUCUAUUAAAGACUAUCUUCGCAAUGAAAUACACGAUCGUAGUAUUUCCGAACAUUCAAGCACAAAUCCAUUAAGAAAUUUAUCAGAAGAAGAAAUGCGUAAUCUUCAAUUUCUUUAUGAUCGACUAACGCCAAUUAUACGAACAUUAUUUAUUGGCAUGUCGACGCUACAAUUGUUAUGGGAUGUAAUGUUAGUUGGCACUAUGCUUUAUUAUCAUCACAUGGUAGAAAAAGUAAUUAGUGGCAUAAUUGCAAUAUUAACAUGGUACUUUACCUACCGAUUUUGGUAUCGAACAACUUUAUUACCAGAUCCAGCUGGUAGUGGAUCAUUCUUUUACCAACGAGAGAACAAAGAUACCUUUGUUUAUGGCAGACGACCGACUAUGACAACAACAGGUCCUACCGUCAAUGCCGGAGGUCGAGGCAAUGUGCCGACAGGUGCCUUCGGUGGAUUAGCAGCACAACCCAAAUUUAUGGGUAUGCCAUUGUAUACGAAUUUGCGGACUGCGACCACGGCUGCUAGUGGUAAUCAAACUGGUGCUAGCAAUAACGGCGUGGAUUUAAACUCAUAGUACUCUAUGAGAUCACUUAUUUUGUAAAUCUAAGUUGGUUGUUUGUCAAAUAAUUUAAUUGUUCGAAUUUGUUGUUUAGUAUAUUUUGAUAGAAAGUGCGUAAAGUGAAA